CUGCUUUUCAACAGACAUUCAAUGCUGGUAAACCAAUUGCACCAGGUUUCGGAACUCGUGCCAUUUCAUCAGCGGCUCCAGUAUCAUCAGCUGCAAUACAAGCCUACCUCGACUUAGUUAAACAAAUCCAUCAACAAGUUGCUAGUGGUCAAAUCAGUGCUGCUGAUGCUAACAAACAACUCGCUGCUGCUUUUCAACAGACAUUCAACGGUGGUAAACCAAUUGCACCAGGCUUCGGAACUCGUGCCGCUCCAUCGGCUGCUCUAGUAUCAUCAGCUGGAA